AUGGCUUUUGAGCCCUCCGACCCGACCUAUGGCUUCCCCUACGACGCGCCGUACGACGUGCAGAAGCAGCUCAUGGACCACCUGUACCGGUCCUUCGCCGCGAGCCAGGUCACGGUCGUCGAGUCGCCCACCGGCACGGGCAAGUCGUUAUCCCUCAUCUCGUCGUCCCUCUCGUUCCUCCGCGACGCCAAGGCGCACGCCCGACACGACCUCGUCGCCUCAAUCCGCGAGCACGUCGCUUCGUCCGACUCUAUGAAGGACGAGCCCGCCUGGGUCAUCGAGCACGAGAUCAAGUCCAAGCUGGACGAGCUCGACCGGCAAGAGCGCGACCUCGAGGAGCGACUGCGGGCGAUUCGCGAGCGGGAGAAGAAGGAGAGGGUCAGGGCGGCACAAGAGCAGGGGCGAACGCUCGCCAAGAAGCGUCUGGUGUGUCCCCUGCUCCCUGAGCGUCUUCAAGUCCAUCAACUUCCUCGUCCGGCUCAUUCAUACCUCGUCCUGCCGCAGAAAAUCGCCGCCGACGAGCCGCUCGACGACAACGACGACCAGUUUGCGCCCACGCCAUACUUCGAAGACGGCGACACGUCAACUACGGCCGAUGAGCUCGCCCAGAGCGAGGACGACAACUAUUCGCCGGCCAUCUUCUUUGCCUCGCGCACGCACUCGCAGCUGUCACAGUUCGUCGCCGAGCUCCGCAAGACGAGGUUCGCCCGAGAGGACGACUCGCUCGCGUCCCGACCGGUCCGCAUCAUCCCGCUCGGCUCUCGGCAGACGCUGUGCAUCAACGACGACGUGCGGCGCAAGAGCGGCGGCAGCAACGAGGCCAUGGGCGACCUCUGCACCGAGCUGCAAAAGGGCGGCAAGGACCGCUGCGAGUUCCUGCCGCCCUCGUCGGAGCCAGCCCGGCUCAACGACUUUCGCGACAAAGCUCUUGCAUCGGUCCGCGACAUCGAGGACAUCGAGGAGCUCGGCCGCAAAACGCACACGUGCCCCUACUACGGCUCGCGCAAGGCCGUCCGAGCCGCCGAGGUCGUCACGCUCCCGUACAAUCUGCUCAUGCAGAGGUCGGCGCGCGAGGCGCUCGGCAUCUCGCUCAAGGACCACAUCAUCAUCAUCGACGAGGCGCACAACUUGAUCGACUCGAUCCUCUCGCUGCACAGCGUCAGCACCACGACCUCGCAGCUCAUCGUCAUUCGCCAAGCGCUCCUCGUCUACAUUCAGAAGUUCCGGUCGCGCUUCACCGGCCUCAACGCGACAUACCUCAAGCAGCUCGCGCUCCUCCUCAAGGGCCUGAGCGAGUUCGCCGAGACGUGGGCCAAGCGCGGCAAGAAGGAGGAGAUGGUGCAGGUCGCCGAGGUCUUUGCCCGCGGCGGCUCGACGACGCUCGACCAGAUCAACCUGCGCAAGCUCGACGAGUACCUUCAGAAGUCCAAGAUUGCGCGCAAGAUUGGCGGCUACGUCGACAGCGUUGCCGAGGAGAAAACUGCAUCAGCCGCCGUUGCCGCAGGUCGUCAAGCCGUACGGGCCAACGCGACUCGCGCCCUGCAGCACAUUCAGCAGCUCAUCCUGUCGCUCGCCAACGCCUCCCGCGACGGUCGCGUCCUCUUGUCGCAGUCGACCAAGCCUGCAGGAAAGGACGGCGUCGAGGGCAAGGUUGAGAUCACGCUCAAGUACAUGCUCCUCGCGCCGGCCGACUCGUUCCGCGACGUCGCCGAGGAGGCGAGGGCGGUCGUGCUCGCUGGCGGUACCAUGGCUCCGAUGAGCGACUUUCGCGAACAGCUCUUCCCCUAUCUCGCGCCUGAGCGCUUCUCGACCUUCUCCUGCGGUCACGUCGUCCCCAAGGAGCAUGUCUCGACGUUCGCCGUCACCAAGGGCCCGACAGGCAUCCCGUUCAACUUCACGUUUGAGCGGCGCAAAGACGAGCGGCUCCUCGACGAGCUCGGCCAGGCGAUCGUCAACAUCUCGGCGGUGGUGCCCAAGGGCGUCGUCGUGUUCGUGCCGUCCUACGACUUCCUCCAUCACGCUCAAGCCCGGUGGGAGAAGAGCGGCAUGAUCAAGCGCCUGAGCGCUAAGAAGCAGACGUUCUGGGAGCCCAAGGCCUCGGCCGACGUCGACCUCGUCCUGCGCGAGUUUGCGGCGGGCAAUGCUGGCGACGCCAAGGUGCGUCCCUCCGCCCUACCCUCGACAUCUCUUCUCGGCAGCAUCCUUUUCGCCGUCGUCGGCGCCAAGCUCUCCGAGGGCAUCAACUUCGCCGACGACAUGGCUCGCGGUAUCCCGUACCCCAACUCGCAGUCGGCCGAGCUCAAGGAGCGUAUGGCGUAUCUCAAGAGCGCCGGGCAGGCGAGACGAGUCGCAGGCGCGCCUGACGCUGGCCAAGUUCUUUAUCAGAACCUCGCCUUUCGCGCCGUCAACCAGUCCAUCGGUCGAGCCAUCCGCAGCGCUCGCGACUGGGCGUCCAUAAUCCUCCUCGACGAGCGGUACGCGCAGCCCGCCAAGAAGGCGCAGCUCCCGCACUGGCUCGGCGACGACGUCCAGAGCCCGCCAACGUUCGGCGCGCUCAUCCAGGGCGUCGCGAGGUUCAGCCGGGAGAGGCGGACGGCGCAGGUGCAGGGUUAG